UCCUUUGUCAGCAGCUUUGUCUAACAUAAUACGUGGGUAUGAAGAUAUUUCCCCCUUUUAGCCUCCCAAAAACACAAAUCAGAGUCGCCAGUGUGUGAACUCUUCCUAACACCUGGUGAGGGGAUCCGUGUGUAAUGACACCGGUCUGUCUGCAGGGGGCAGCAGCACGUUCAAACGGAAGUGACGUCGCAGAGGAAGAAAGUAACGCGAAUCCCAUCUGUUGUGUACAUUUCCAACACCCAGACAACGCCUCCAUCACCGCAAACAAUUAGUCAGAGACAACAACAACAACAAAGAAGAUUAAUGCAACGAUCUAGUUGUGCGAACAGAAACCGAUGUCACGCGCUCUGCAGUGAAGAUGUCGGCCGGAAAUGAAACGGCUGAUCUCGCUUGUGGAGAUUCAGACAGGGACGCCCCCCCUUGUGAAUCAGAGGAAGAUGGCUCAAAGCCUGUAAGUGGGACUCCCUCCUCCAGGUUCCUGGAAGCGGAGCUGGAGCUGAACGCGCACCUCCGCGGGCUGAGCUUCGGCCCCCCCGUGUGCUACGUGUACAACCCGCUGGAGUACGCCUGGGACACGCACCGCUGCUACGUGGACAAGUUCUGCCUGUCCGGCCCGGGCCGGAAGGUCCUGUUUUUGGGGAUGAAUCCCGGACCGUUCGGCAUGGCGCAGACCGGGGUCCCAUUCGGAGAGGUGAGGUCGGUCGUUGACUGGCUGGGGGUCACGGGCGAGGUCGGUCGUCCUGACAACGAGCAUCCAAAGCGACGGAUUUUGGGGCUCAAUUGCCCCCAGAGUGAAGUGAGCGGCGCCCGUUUCUGGGGUUUCUUUAGGAAACUGUGCGAAGACCCCAGAAGGUUCUUCAAGCACUGCUUUGUGCACAAUCUGUGUCCGCUGAUAUUCAUGAACGCCAACGGGAAGAACCUGACGCCCCCCGAGCUGCCGGCGGCUGAGAGGGAGACCCUGCUGGCCCUGUGCGACUCCGCACUGUGCAAGGUGGUGGAAGCUCUGAACGUCUCCAUGGUGAUUGGCGUGGGGAGGGUGGCAGAGCAGAGAGCGCGGCGAGCCCUGUCCGCCGCAGGGGUCCGUGUUCGGGUGGAGGGCAUCAUGCAUCCGUCGCCCAGAAACCCGCUGGCCAACAGAGGCUGGGAGGGAGUAGCUCGAGCCAAGCUGGAAGAACUUGGAGUUCUGUCACUACUGAGCAACACUUGAUUUUUGCAGCUUGUCAGUAGAGGUGUUUUUCGGACAACCUAUCAGGAUCUGAGGGGGUCCAGUUAGAGACACAUGGUUUGGUGCCCUUCUUGAAUCUCCGAAAAGCAACCUACUAAUGCCUUCCUCUGCUGUGAUACACUCCUGUCCAAGGACAAAACAACGGGUCUAAAACUUACUGCAUUACUUUAACUACUGCUUCUUUUCCAAGUGUUUUUUUUUUAUAAGAGAUUGUAUCCAAAACAAUAAGCUCAGGGUGUAUGGGAAUGUAUUUAGUUAGUAGUCUGAGUGUUUUUUUUAUUUGCCAGUCGGGACUAAAAACAAAGGCAUUUAUUAGGAUUUGAAAGUCUAACCUGAUCCAGUGCUUAUUAGCUGAUAAUAUGUGAGUUUAAAACACAAUUAUUUUACUUUACAACAGCUACCACUCCCGAUAUGUAUCAUCAUUUAAAUGGCUAAUAGACAGAACAGUUCAUAGUGUUCUUUUUAUUUGUUUACACAUGCUGAUACUCUUUUAUUGUUUUUGUAUUUUCCAGGAUUUCUGCUCUAUGAACGCCUGCUAAUAUAAAUCUUGGACUCUGAAAAGCAGACUCAUUUUUCUUUGCUUCCUGUGCUCGAAUAUCACAGUUACACUCUAUUGUUUUGUUUACCUGCGGGCAGCCCAAAGUGUGUCUUAAGCCGAUAGACAAUAACCUCAUAAGAUACAUAAGCAUUUCAUCUGAUUUGUGGAGAAGCAUUUUAAC